AGAUGCCAAAACUGAAGGGUUGGCGUCGAUCACAGGCCGCAACCAGGCGCCGCGCUCAGCGCGAGUUCCUGAUUGUUGGUCCACAAAGCCACAGUGAUGACGUGCCUACAGGUGUGUAACAUUUUCUUUUAAAUGUAUCAUUUUUUCUUCACGCGCUAUAUUGGAAACAGUUUCUUAUUUCUUUGUAUCUUGGAAAAACACAUCCAAAUCAGGUUUACUGUUUACAUUUUACAAUAAUACAUGUCAAUGUUAUCUGUUUAAUAGGCACUGUUGGGACUGGUUAUCGCCAUCGCGUUAACCAGUGGCCAAUAUCUGUGUUGACUGGUCGGCAACACAAAUUGGUCAUUCCUCCUGAGGUUCCUGACAAGAAGGUAUGAUACUGACAUUAUUUUUUACCCUCACAACACAUAUUUCAGCUGAUACAGUAUUUAAUUAGUACUUCUCCCUUUUUCAUCCUAGUUUGUUCUUAUCGUCGGUGACUCUCACCUGCGCCCGUUUGCUGAUGGGGUUGUGCCAUUGCCUGAAGGACGGAUGUCCUUUGGGUUCAUGUCCACACCAGGGGCCUGCGCUGAUGGACUGAGGACUGAGGUGGUACAUGCUGCUGUGCCUCGCAAUCCUGACUUGGUCAUUGUCAUGGCUCCUAGCAACAACCUCACAACCCAAGGGUCUCUUGAGAAGUCGUCAACAGAUUUUGCUAAACUUCUCUCCACUGCCGUUGGAAGGUGGUUCAAGGUGGGGCUAUGAUGUCAUUAACACAUUUUGUAGUAUCUCAAUUAGUAGUUAUGCUCUGUAAUAACUCUUGUGUUUUUUGUCCUUCUGGUGUGUUUGCUAUUUUUAUAGGUAAUUGUGUAUGACUUUCCACCUCGGCUGAACCACCCUUUGGAUCAUCAGGAGCUGCUGCGGCAGGAAUUCCGUCGAGUCGCAGCACGUAUGGGUACGUUUUACAACACUUUAAAUUCGCCUUCAUGACAAAAUUCUAAAUGACAAUAAUAUCAUCAUAAAACCAAUCACAUAAAACAUCUACAGAAAACACAAACAAAUUACAUGUAUUUUUUUAGAAGAACUCACAACUGUGUACAUUUUAUGGACAUGGUGAAAGAAUAAUUGUCUUUUCUGUUUGUAGUAAAAUACACAAAUUUGUACUAAUGCUUCACUUUGUCUCACUUUACAUUAACAGGCAUUCGAUAUGUUUGCCCUGCUGCUGAUGACUUCCCCCUGAGACGCCUUAAGCUGUGGUGCAGGGAUUCUGUUAGUACAAUCCCUACUCAUCUGAUGUUUCAUAUGGACUUCAUAAUAAAUGCACAAAUUUUUGCAUCAUGCAAAUUUGUGAUCAUGAAAACUGUCUUGUCUUCUAUAUAGGUCCAUCUCAGUGAUGAUGGUGGGUCGCCUAUUCUGGGGCAGCGUCUCUGGCAGGCGGCCUACACUGAACUGGAGAGAGGUGAUCCUGCAUCAGUGCUGUCAGUGCAGCGCAGGCGCUCGCCCCCCUGAGCACUGUCACACCAAAGGUGGUUGUGAGGGGAGAGGUACCUGCACCUCAACCAUCCAACCCCUUUGAGUGGACAGUGUGUGGAAAGGUGCACAAGG